AUGUCUGACAUGAGACAUGAUGCACCAAUGUACCUUUCUGAUUUGGUUCUCUCCAAACGGCCGUUACCGAGACGGCAAGAAGCAGAAACCGAGACCUUCACUUGCGGUGGCGAGCGUCAGAGUGCGUUGGUGACGCACGAAGAAGUGCAAAAUUGGGCCAAUGGGACCCAGGAGGCGAUCAUUUGUUCCAUUUCCCACGCCUGGGAAACCCGGGAACAUCCAGAUCCAUGUCGGCACCAAUUGCAGCAGAUCGUCAAUCAUACUGGACUGUACGGUGCUGCAUUCGAAGCAGACAUUUGGAUCUUCUAUGAUUACAGCUCACUCUUCCAAUAUGAAAGAACCAACUCACAUGAAGAGAAGAGCUUUCGAAAGGCGAUGAACAACAUGCACCUCAUGUAUGCUCACGAAUGCACUUUGACAUUCAGGAUCGAAACCCUUACUCCAGAGCAUGUUUGGAACACCAUGCUGGCUGAUGAAGAAGUUGUUGUCCGAGUGUAUGAUGCAGGCAGCAAGACUCUGAAAGAGAAGCCCUUGAAGCUCUUGGAAGCCAACAGAACUCCAUACUUACAGCGAGGGUGGUGUAUGGCAGAAAUCGAAUGGUCAUCUCUGAGAGGAGUGAAUGCACAACAUCAACACAUCGACAGGCCGAAGGAUCCGAAGUCUGAGACGCAGAAAUCCGAUCAUCUCAAUGGGAGAGUUCCUAUGAUCCCUGAGAAGUUCAGGCAGCAAAUGGAGCAAGCAAAGUUCACCCAUCGCUCGGAUGCUGAAGCAGUGAUCUAUUUGCAACAGAAGAUUUUCAGGGAGAAGGUGAUCGAAUGUCAACACUUGGUGUUAGAAGGCCUUCCGGCCCAAGAGAUCUUGGCACUAGCGCAUGCGCUCCCACACUACGAAAAUCUGAAGAGCUUGACGGUGAGGAGGUUUCAAUGUGGCGAGGAAGAGGCAACGUCCCUAGGGAAGGCUUUGGCAUCAAGUCAAGCGGAGACGCUUGAAAUCCGUGGCAUCGGUGAAAGUGGCCGCUUCAUGGUGAAGGCUCUCGCGGAAACCUUGAAGACCAAUAGCUCCGUGCGGGACAUGAAUUUGGCACAUAACAAGAUUGGUCCCGAGGGAGCUCAGGCUCUCGCGGGAGCCUUGAAGAUCAAUAGCUCCGUGCGGGACAUGAAUUUGGCACGGAAUGACAUCGAUGACACAGGAGCUCAGGCUCUUGCGGAAGCCUUGAAGACCAAUAGCUCUGUGCGGGACAUGAAUUUGUUAUUUAAUGACAUCGGUCCCGAGGGAGCUCAGGCUCUCGCAGAAGCCUUGAAUACCAAUAGCUCCGUGCGGGACAUGAAUUUGGAACAUAACAAGAUUGGUUCCGAGGGAACUCAGGCUCUCGCGGAAGCCUUGAAGACCAAUAGCUCCGUGCGGGACAUCAAUUUGCGAUUUAAUGACAUCGGUCCCGAGGGAGCUCAGGCUCUCGCAGAAGCCUUGAAUACCAAUAGCUCCGUGCGGGACAUGAAUUUGGCAUUUAACCGGAUUUGUCCCGAGGGAGCUCAGGCUCUCGAGGAAGCCUUGAAGAUCAAUAGCUCCGUGCGGGACAUGAAUUUGGAACAUAACAUGAUUGGUUCUGAGGGAGCUCAGGCUCUCGCGGAAGCCUUGAAGAUCAAUAGCUCCGUGCGGGACAUGAAUUUGGAACAUAACAUGAUUGGUUCUGAGGGAGCUCAG